CGCCCUCAGCGGCUGCGUGCGUUCAGGCGCCCCUCAGCAUGGCCGGGGCCGCGCCGGGCCCGCCGGUGAAGGUGCUGGCGGCGCAGCUGCGGCGGGCGGAGUGGGGCGCGGCCGGGACCUGGGAGCUGCGGCGGGCAGCGGCGGGUCGGGGGCCGCUGUCCCUGCGGGCCGUGUGGAUGCAGGGCACCGUGCUGGAGGUGCGGCGCGGCGCCGAAGGCGGCUCGGCCCGGCUGCAGGACGGCAGCGGCGCCUUCACCGUGCUGGGCGUGGAGCAGGUGCCGCAGGGCCGGCCGUGUCUCAGCGCAGGGAAGUAUGUAAUGGUAAUGGGCGUGGUGCGGUCCUGCAGUCCUGAGCCCGUUCUUCGAGCAAUAAAGAUGACAGAUCUCUCUGAAAACCCUGUCCAUAAGAACAUGUGGAACCUUGAAGUGGAGGAUUUGCACAGAGUCAUCCCCUAAUGCUUUUUACUUUCUGUCUAAAAGAGCUGUGAAUUUGUUUUCUUUUGGCUUUUGGUGCAGAACAUUGGACUAUUCUGUGUGACCACUCCUGGAGUAAACCAGAGUGAGGAGUUGGGCUCAGUUAAGCUUAGGGACCAGUGCUUAUCUGAUAAUAAUAUGUUCAUGUCUUCCAUAAUAAUGUUAUUAUUAUUCCAUAAUAAUAUGAUAUUAAGUGUUCA